AUGAUCACUCAUUUGGAUCCAAUCGUUCAAUCAGUAGGCCGAAAGUCAAGACCAGCAGGCGAAUGGCGAAGUAGGCUAUUGAUAAAAAACUCAAACCCAGACAUCAAAAUUAACAUUUCCUCAAGUUCCAAAUUUGUUGUCUCGGAUGAUGUUCUCGUCCCUCCUAAAGCUAGUAGUAAAAACUAUACUACCUAUCGCUUUGAGGAGACGCCAAAUAUUGAUUCUCUGGCUUUAUCUUCUCAGCAGUCGGCUGAGGAGAUGAUUGUUGAGCAAGACUUCGACUCAGUGCAGCCUGAGAUACAAUAUGUUGAGGUUGGUCUCGAUGAUGUUCCGCCAGUAAUCGAUCAGGUUCCUGAUGUCGUUCUACCUGAGCUCGAGUACGAUGACGUUGUCUUUGAGGAUGCGCUUAAUAUCCUCUACGCAUCAGAAGACGAAGACAACGAGAUCGAACUGAUAGAACGCCCCAUUCAAGCGGUCUUCGAUGCUGAGUGCAUCCGGCGGCAUGAAGACGUGAAGAAUGCUCUUCAGGAUAAAGUCAUCAUUGUCGGACAGCCCGUUCGAAAAGCAGUCAAGGAGCUUCCAGACGAGGAUUUCGCUCUUCUCCCGACAAUCGGACCUCCAAAAACAUGGAAAAAACUUGCCAAGCACGCGCUUGGUAGACUUUUCUUGCAAGUUUUGUGCUCAAACUCUUGCAAAUACUUUGAGCUCGGUCCGAAGCGAUUCGUUAAAGAAAUGAAUUCGGCAUUUCUUUCGCUGCUCAGUGAUAAGCCUGAGCGUUUGGAUCAAGCAGUACGAGCUGAUCAUCGUGUCCUCAAACUUAGUCCAAACGGUCAGAUCAAAUAUUUUGAGAAAGAGAUAUUCAUCUCGAAAUAUUUUCAACCACGUGAGAUCGUUGAGCGCGACUUAACCGAGGAAGACAAGCGGAUCGUUCAAACUGUUCUUGCUCAGAUCCAUAAAGACGGUGACAGUCAUUUCGCAAAGUCUCACUGUCUUAAAGAGGCAUGCGCUAAUGUCGGAAUGGCUUCUUAUGCGGAAUAUCAAAGAGUGAAGACUCUAUUCCAUAAAAUGGGGUACGAAUUCAGAAAUAAGGAAAAGCCAAAACCAGCGCUUCCUGCUGAAGUAAAGGAUACGAGAUUGCGAUUCUGUAAGUGGCUGGAGGAAACGAAUGACGAGCAUCCAAAUUUCCUCGGAAUGCUCAUCCAUACAGAUGAGUGUUCGUUACAAUUUCGCGACGAAACACUCGGUCCUAAUUUCGGCUACUGGAUUCGCAAAGGCGAAGAAAAUCCGUGGGCAGACAACCUAAACUUCAGCAAAAAAUUUCCGAAAAGAAUAAUGUUUGCAGCUGCAAUCGGAAUCGAUUUGAAGUUGUCGCUUCGAUUUUUCGUCAGAGAGGACAACCGGGGAAAGCUUUCCUCUGUAUCUGGAACCCAGAAGAGCUAUCAGGAGCUUGUCUUGGUUCCAUGGUUUGAAGAGCUCAAAGAAAUGGGCUUCGUCAAGGAGGUUGAAAAUGGUGAGGGCGUUAAGCACGUUCUUGACGGAAAGAUUUUCGUUCAAGAUGGUGCGACAUGCCACACAGCAACCUCAUCGCUCAAGCUCAUUGACGAAAGUUUUGGCAUCCACAAUGUCAUCACUGGUGUCCUGGCGAAAACAGGGGAGGGAGAAAGGUUUCGCAGAGCGCGCUUGGCUGAAUGGCCAGCGCACUCUCCUGACCUCAAUCCUUUGGACUUUUGCAUUUGGCACAAGUUCAAAAUGGAUACAAAGAAGGAGCUGGGUCGAAUGAACAAGCUUUACUUCGAUUCAUUCGAGGAAGCGAGAGAGAUUCUAACUCGUGUAUGGGCGAACAUCUCCCAAGACGCGAUCAAUAACGCUUGCAGAGGAAUCCUCAGGCGUGCAAAGGAAACGAUCGCUAGAGACGGAUCGAAUCCUGAACGAGGAUACAAAGCAAAUAAGGGAUCUUUCAAGGUGAAAAAUCCACGUCAUUAA